AUGCUCGACCUGUCUCGCCUUAAAAAGGGAUUUUUUGCUAGCCUGAUCGACUAUUUUAUCACCAUCGGCCUCAUGAACCUUCUCGGCCUCCGGGUUCUAAUUGAUGGCAUGGAUCAAGCCAUGCAGGAGGCCACACUCGACCAAGGGACUGCCAUGUUGAAUGCAGCAGUCGUGCGUGGCUGCUCUCCGACCGGGGCUACAGGUUGGAGGAUUGAGGUCAGAGAUGGGCAGCCGUGUGUGUGCCAGGCAAACGAGACACAUGCUGAAAUGACUUGGGGUAACUACAGUGUUUUCAAUUCUGGGAAACCUAAGCCCAAACUAAGUGAUGCCGAUGACCUCAAGAAAGCCCUCGUCGAUGUGGAUGUUCUCGGAUUCUUUUGUGGCUGCCCUCAAAGGGAUAGCGUGAUGGGCUCUCUGUAUUUGAUGUUUAUUCCUGACGUAUCCAUUAACGUAGCCAAAACAUAUACUAGGACCUUGAGUAAAGAAAGAAAGACAGCGGAAGAAUCAUACCCUGCCACAUCCGACAUGAGCGUUCUUCGCUAG